GAUCCCAACACAAUGGCAGAAGGUGUAAGCUCUCAAAAAGAUAGCUUUCCUGAAACUCUUCUUGACCCACAACGACAAUCACUUAUGGUUCCAGAGAACACCACAAACAACAACAACAAUAUCAUGGAUAACCAUUUGGUGAAAGAGGUCAUUGAUGCCUCUCCCUAUCAGCAAUCCACCUGGGACCCUAAUGUUCAAGAAUUACAAGAUAUGAGCUAUGCCAACCACCAAGAACAACAAUUUCAGCAUAUUGAUGCACAAAACUACUGCCAAAGCUACAACCCUUCUUCCAUACUGGACCCUUCUUACCCUUCACCAGAUCUCCUAAACUUUCUCCACUUGCCCACAUGCUCAGCUUCAUCUUUACUCACUAAUCCACCCAACAUUUGUAUCUCAAACCCAACUCAGAGGACACCCAAUUUCCAGAACUCAAUGACCUUUCUAGGAGAACUUCCAAUGGGACCAGACAACACAAGUGCCUCCUCAGUUCUAUAUGAUCCUCUAUUUCAUUUGAACCUGCCUCCACAGCCUCCAGCCCUCAGAGAGCUGUUCCAAUCUCUCCCCCGAGGCUACAGGUUGCCAACCAGCUCCAGGGACGAUUCACUUUUCGGUGGAGGCGAUGAGAUGGAGGGAGAUGGGAGUCAGCUUGACAUGGGAGUGCUGGAAUUCAAUAGGGGCACAACUUCUGUUGGCAAAGGAAGGGAAGGAAAAGGUGCCAAACCUUUUGCAACUGAGAAAGACAGAAGAGAGCAGCUGAAUGGAAAAUACAAAAUCUUGAGGAGUCUUAUCCCUAGCCCCACCAAGCCUGAUAGAGCCUCUGUGGUGGGUGAUGCCAUUGAUUAUAUAAAAGAGCUGAUUAGAACAGUCAAUGAGCUCAAAUUAUUGGUGGAGAAGAAAAGACAUGAGAGGGAGAGGUGCAAGAGGCCAAAAAAUGAAGAGGAUGCUGAGGAAAGCUGUAACAUCAAGCCUUUUGGUGAUCCAGAUGGGUACAUAAGGACCUCAUGGCUACAGAGGAAAUCCAAAGAGAGUGAGGUCGAUGUCCGGAUCAUCGACGAUGAUGUCACAAUUAAAUUCUUUCAGAGGAAGAAGAUUAACUGCCUGCUGUUUGUGUCAAAGGUUCUGGAUGAACUUCAAUUGGAACUUCACCAUCUUGCAGGUGGACAUGUUGGUGAAUAUUGGAGUUUCUUGUUCAAUAGCAAGAUAACUGAAGGCUCAUCAGUUUAUGCAAGUGCCAUAGCCAACAGGGUGAUUGAUGUUUUGGACACUCAAUAUGCUGCAGCAGUUCCACAGACAAGUAGCUAUUAG